AAGGAUUUGGAGGUGCUUUAUUUAGGCGUUCGGAGGUCUGAAGGUCUGAAGAUCUGCUCCUGCUGCUGCUUACAGCCCAUCCCCGACCCCCCGGCGCGAGAGGAGGAGCGAGAGCAGGGCCUGGCAGACAGAUCCAGCUUAUUUUAAGGCCUUUUCUUAGGGUGAGCAGCCUGUUAUGUGCCAGUAACUCCCCUGAAGCAGUUUAAUGGGAUUACUGGAUUACAGCCGUGCGCCACCGAGGCUGGGAAUAUUUACUCUCCGGACUCCGCACUCUGAUUCUACCCCAGAUCAUACUCACCCACAGCAUUUAUAACUCUUAUCAUCAUCAGCCUGCACAUUUUAGUGGCGGAGCUUUGGCUCAUGAAGGUUUGCAAAGCUUUGGCCCUCUGCUCUGCUGGAUCAUCAUCUCUGGAGGAAACUGGAGCUUUAGGGAACUUCUUAGAAAGCGAUCAGGGAUGAGAAGGCGAUGCAUGGGAGUCAUCAUGUGCUGCUCUGAAGCUUUUUUGUAGAAAAAAACCUUAAAAAACACAAAGGGUUACGCACAGGGACAUUCCUUCACCCAUCAGUCCGUCCAUCAGCAAUGUCUGUCUCUGUGCUGCCAGAAUGGAAGCAGCUCCUUCUGGAGAGAAAAAGAAGGGAGGAGGAGGAGAGAGAGAGGAGAGAAAGAGAGGAAGAGGAAAGGCUGGCCAGCAUGCCUGCCUGGAAACGAGGGAUCAUCCAGCGCAGGAGGGCAAAACAAGAAGGCGGAGGUGACAGGGAGCGAGACAGGGAGGGAGACGGGAUACAGUACGGGUUUACCAGCAGGAGCUUUGAUGCGUACUGUGAUGAACAGCUGAUGCUCAGACAGACAGAUAGUGAAAUUGAUACAACUUCUAAAGAAACAUUCAGUCAGGUGUCUGUAGAAACCAUCGGCCCCAUUCGACAGAACCCUUUCAUCCGGUCCCAGAACAGCUACAAGAGAGAGAACCGCAGGAGGGAGGCGGAAAGAGAGAAUCAUGGAAAAGAGAAAGAGACGAGUGGAGAAGAUUACGUGGGGGAGAAGGAAAAAGAUACACGAGGAGAGGACACCCAAAACCAGGAACGAGAGUUCUGGAGAGGCAGGGAUAGAGAGAUAAGAUUGGAAAGAACCAGGGACAGAAGUGAAGGAAGAGAGAAAGUUGGGGUUGAAGGCAUUAAGGACAGAGAGAAGGAUGUUGGAAGAGGAAGAAAAGAAGGAGAAAGAGAUGGAGUGUGCCUCUCUCUUUCCUCCGGCCUCCGAACUAUUAAAGCAGAAAACAUUAUCAUAAUCGAGAAAGAUGGAAAGACUGGCGAAAGAGAAAGGGAAGAAAGGGAAGGAGAGAGACUGGCUGAGCAGGAAGAAAAGAAAGGCAUGAGGAUGGAUCUGAGAGAGAUUUUGGCCAGUGGGGGAAAUGUGACCGAAAUCAAGGCUUCCGAGGUACUGAUCAUCAAACCAUCCAUUUCAGAAGAGAAAAAUAGAGAAGUGGAGCAGGGGAGUGAGAGAAAAAGUAGCAAGGAGAAUGCAGUGGUGAUUGAUAAAGGGAAGGAAGGAAGAGAUCAGGAUAGAGGGAUGAAGGUAGCCGAAGUGUGGUCUGGAAACACAAUAACUCUGCACGAAGACUUGUUUAAGCAAGAUAAGGACAGCCUCGGAAGUGGGAGGGUCAGUCAGAUCCUCAGCAAAUUCGGCCAGCAACUGAAAUCUCCCUGCAGGUCCAAAAGCAUCGACUUCAUCAGACCAGGCAAAGAAAACUCCAGAAUUAGACUAAUUUAUGGGCAGGAGGAAGAGAGGAAAGAGGAAAUGGAUUCUGGAGGAUUCAAGGGAGUACCUAAACGUUCAUUCAGUUUCUCUGAACAGGUCGUCUCUGAGGAAAGAAAAGUAGUAGAAAGGGCUUACUCUGACCGCAGACAUCCACCUCCAGUGAUGAUUGUGCAAUCUGAGAGUGUUGAUCCCAGCACCAGGAAACCUGUAAGAGUGAGAGAUGACCAUCAGUUGGUGAUGCAAAGAAAGAGGGAAAUUGAAGGCGAGGUGGAGAAAGUGGAGCCAAAAGUACAAGAGAGCAGGAUAGACAGACAGGGUGACGAAGGGAAGGAGCGAGAUGCGAAAGGUCAAGGUAACUCGGAAGCCAGUGGUGGGGAGGUCUUCAGCAUGGCUUCAGUCAGAAAGCCGGAAGGCAUUGCGUUUGCAAGGCGGAUCCCAAUUAGACAGGACAGGAAAGAGUUAAAGAGAUUACAGGAAAACCGAGUAGUGGACCGAGACAAUGUGAGUAGACCACAAAAAGAAAGGGACAAGAAAACAGAGAAGCUGCAGAGAGAUUCUGAUAAAGGAAGGCAAGUAGAGGUUCACAUCGAGGAAAAAGCUGAAUCCAUAAAGCUUAGGAGAGAUGGAGAGGAAGUAACGGUUGUGAUGGAGUCCGUGAAGUCCUCCUGUUCAUGCAUACUUGAUUCUCAUCACUGGUCCAACUCUCACACUGUCUCAGAUCAUAAGACUGAAAGUCAGCAGCAUCCAGCAGUCUCAGGAGUCAGACUGAGGAAGGAUGAUGCAACCACAGAUUACUGCAAACCACAGAACCAGCCAGAACAUGUUGUGCCGCCUCAAAACAGAGAUGAGCGCCUGAGUAAGACGGGUAUCGUGCAAGAAAUAAGGGAUCAUAAGAAUAUAGGGCCAAGUCAAGAGAGUGACGCUCCUGGGAACAAAGAUAAAACAGAGAAAAGUAUGAUUUGGCAUGAACAAGAAGAACUUCUAAGAAGCACAUCUAUCUCAAACAGUUAUCAUCCCUCUUUAAAGUCAGAUGAGGCUUUGGAACCUCCAGCUCCAAAGUCUCCUAAACACGCUCCCUGGAUGUCUGGAGUUGCCCAGCAAGAGAUUCGCAUCCCAAGAUCUGUCUUCUUUGGAGUUGAAGAGAUGGCAGAGGAACAUAAGCCAAGUCUCUCUCUGGAAGGAGAAGGACAGAUUGUUGGAGGAGAUAAAGAAAGAGGUGUAGAAAGGAGGGAAAGCUGGAAGGCUGGAAGACCCCUGACCAGAGUCGAGUCCUUAAGGGAAAGAAUUCGCCAGAGAGAGAUGGAGAGAAAGAAAAGAGGUGAAGUAGAGGGCGAGGGAGGCAGAGAGACAGACAGAAGUGAAGGCGAGGGGAUGGAGAAAGGGGGAGGAGAAAAGAGGAGAGAAGCAGAAGGAGCUCAGAGAUGUUCAGUGAUGGUGAACAGACAGGAAGCAGCCGUACCGCAGACUCUCAGCCUUUUUGACGUCACAAAGGAAGUAAGUGUGUCAAAAGCCAGCCCCCAACUUCCUGCUUCUGUUCCUCUCUUACUGUCGCAAUCGCUCUCAGCUGGACGAGAAGCUCCACAACUCUCCAACAACGGCAAGCGCUAUUUGGAGCAAGAUGAGGAAUUCAGGCAACAUCAGGACACUGACAGCUUGACGAGAGCACCAGGAGAAGAAGGAGAAACAGAGGACGAUCUGCUGGAGGAUAAGUACCUCUGCCCUUCCCAAUCUCCAUCUCCAACCCAGUCUCUUUCGCCCACUCCUUCGCCACCUCUGCCCAACUCUUUGGCAGCCAUGAGUCGAAUCUACAACCUGAAGACUGUGGGCUCCAGAACUGCGGUUUGCAUCAGCGAGAGGAACUCAGAUGUUACCACACACAGCAAAAAGGUCUUUCCUGAGGGGAGGUUCACCCCAAAGUCUCACUCAGUGACCCAAACCUCAGUGUCGUUAGGGACGGACAGGACUGCGAGAGACGGACAGUCAGUGCCAACCACAGAAACAUCCGCAGUUCAGUCAGUGCAGCGACAACUAGGGCAACUGCAGCUCAGAGAACAGGAAGUCAAACAAAGUUCCCCUGGCAAUGGAGACAUGCAAUAUGGUCCUCAGAAAGAGACUGGUAGAAAGACAGCUGAAGGCCAGAAAAGGCCAGAGACACAAACAGAGACACAGAAUUCUGAAUCUCCAACCAGCUCCAGAGCUUCUCCAUCUCAGCAGACAGGAUCACGGAUCCCAACUAAACUUCCCCAGCCCAAGUCCUUCACCAUUAACGGCCGGAAUGCUCAGUCCCCAGAAAACGUCCAGAAGCCACCACCAUCUUCACCAUCAUCUCCAUCAUCUAUUUCCCUCUCUCCCUCUUUGGCACCCUCUCCAACUCGUUCCUCUCCUCUCUUUUCCAUUCGGAGUGCCUCUGGUGGUCCAGGGAAGAGGGGGACCACCAUAACCAUCACUCCCAGGAGGCCAGCAGCUGGGAACUCACCAACUCCACCAACUCCAGCAGCUUCAUCUCCAUCAGCUUCAUCUCCAUCAGCUUUAUCUCCAUCAGCGACCCCAACGAUACCCGAGAUCCCAGUUCCAAUCCCAGAGACCAACAACACGGACGAGGGGCGUAAGAAGAGAUACCCCACUGUAGAGGAAAUCGAGGUGAUUGGUGGAUACCAGAACUUGGAGAACUCAUGCAUGGUCAAGAACAGAGGAUCACCAAAGGGGGCGUCGGUGCGUUUCGAGUCUCAGCUGGAGCGAGUUUGUGAGUACCCGUCGGAGGACUCGGUGCUGGCCUCGAUGCCGGCCGGCGGAGACGAGCCGGGGGGUGAGGACGGGAGGACAGCAGAUAGAAACGAUGAGGGACAGGAGGAAGAGGAGGACGAGGAAGGUGGAGCAUUCGUCUCCAGUGGUGCCAAGAGCGUGGGGACGAGUACAGGAGCAACUCGAGUUCUCAGAGUCGACGAGUCGUGUCGACGUUAAGCGCUGCUCUUGCCGAGCUGUUCUCCGGCUGAAGUGUUCAGUGAUAAACACGGCUGUACCUGAAGAUGAAGAAGAAUGUUUUAGAGUUAUUUGAAGGAACUGCUGUUUGCUUGAAAAUAAUUUAAAUCAGAAGAACUUUUCUAACAUUAGUUGUGCAGUUAAUGAUACUUGAAUGAGAUUUUAUUUAGAUUUUUUUUCGUUUUCUGGGGAUUUAUCAGUGCAGAUGUAUUCACACGCUCUGUUGCUAUUGAAAUGACACAGUUGAAAGGCAGAAAAAUAGUUGAUUUAUGACUAGAUUUGAGAAGUUUCUCCUGCCAAGACAUUAUUUUUUGCAGCACACAUUUAAAUCAAUAGUGUAAUCAAUAUAUAUAUUUUUUAAAAGCUGCUGCUGUUUAAUGAUCAAUCCAUCAAUACACAGUAAAAGCACUGGUACUACUCUGGAGUUUACAUUUACAAUGCGUUCCAAAUUAUUAUGCAAAUUAUAUUUUUCCAGAUAAUAUUUUUCCUAAAUGGUUAUUGCAAGAGUAUACAUCAAAUUUUAUUGAACAAAGAGUUUUUAAAACAUUUUUUAUAUGUUUUAAAGAACUAAAAAUGGUCACUUAUUGGAAUUGCAGCAUUAAGAAGGUUUUACAUUCACUAAAAUCAAAAGCUAUUUUAAUCAAAAACAUCCUAACAGGCCAAGUUACAUAUUAACAUAGGAACCUUAUUUUAGAAACUCUUAAGUUUUCAUGAAAUAUCUAAUGUAUUCAUAGUGCAAUGCUAACAUGCUAACAGCUAACAUUAGCGGCGAGUUAGCUAUUUAGCUAGUUAGCUGUUACCGGUGAGAGAACUAAGGUUAGCAGAGAGCUAUAUAACACAGUAACGUUAGCGACGAGUUAGCUACAUUGACAAAUUAUUUUCUACCAAAGAAAAUAUGACUAAAUUUUUGGGUCUUAAAUCAUAUUUUUGCGGUCUGAAAAAGGUCUUAAAAAGCAUUAAAUUUGACUUUUAAAAUGGUGCAAGAACCCUGUGGUACUUUGCCUCAUAUAGACUAUGAUAUAAAAUCUAGUUAUACAACAAAUUGUCGCUUUUCGGCAUCAGAGACAUCCUUUUUCUUUCCCAUAUUGCUUGAAACCUGUGACCUGCUUAAUGAUGUGGAACAUCCUUCUUAUGUAGUUUUCCUUUAAUUGGGCUCACCUGGCAAACUAAGCUUUAUGACACUUUGCAAUCAUUUUUGACAAUUAAUUAUGACAAUUUGCAUAAUAAUUUGGAACACAGUGUAUGUGAGUGUGUAUGGCAGUUCAGACCAUGAAGAAUAAAAACACAGGAAGUGAAGUGAAGUGAAGAACAGCACCAUCAGAAACCACAGCGUUUCUGCAGCACAAAACUUGUGAGGCCUUCACACGUGAUCAGAGGUUCCUGCAGCUCUGUGGACUCAAACUGCUCUGUUUCUGAUUUAAUAAAUUAUGUAAUUAUGA